GCGGGCGAGGAGCGGAGGGCCAUGCCGGGCGCGGGGGGCGGUCGGAAGCUGCGUCCCUGGCUGGUGGAGCAGGUGGAGAGCGGCCGCUUCCCGGGGCUGGUGUGGGACGAUCCCCAACGCUCCGCGCUGCGCAUCCCCUGGCAGCACGCGGGGAAGGGCGGAGCCAGGGGCGGGGCUGGCACCGCCCUCUGCCAGGCUUGGGCAGAGUUCAAAGGUCGCGUGCAGCCUGGGUCUCGUCCCGACCCGGCGGGCUGGAAGACACGACUGCGCUGUGCCCUCAACAAGAGCCCCGAGUUCCAGGAGGUGCCGGAGAGGGGGCGGAAUGAGGGUCCCCACCCAUACAAGGUCUAUCGGCUCCUGCCCCCUCCCCAGCAGCAGCAAGGCCACCAAUCCCAGAAGCGCGGUGGACCUCGCCCCGCCCCGGAGGCGGAGCUUAUUCAAGAGCCCCGCCCCCUGGUCAUGUCCCCGCCCCCUGAGGACACGGAUGGCGACGUCACCGCGGUGGGCGGGGCCUCGCUGCCUCACGCCGCUCCCCUACCCGAAGCCCCGCCCCCCACGCGCAUGGGUGUGGUCCUGGACAGCCCCCAGCCCCUCCCACCUGCCACAGGUGAUGCUGCGCUGGUGCUGCGGGUGUGGCUGGGCGGGGCCGUGACGUGGCAGGGGCGGUUCCCUCCCGGCGAGUACCUCAUCGCCUCCUCCCCGCCUGGCCACGCCCCCUCCCUCGGCCUUUUGCCCCGCCUCCUACUUUGGCCACGCCCCACGACCUCGCCCUGCUCCGCCCUGGGGGCGGGGCUAAUGGUGGCCAGCACCAAUCGGGGGCUGUUCCUGCGCUGGAGAGGGCGAGGCCGAGCGGAAGGGGCGGGGCCCGGCGGGGAGGAGGAGGCGGGGCAUGGGCUGGGGUGCCGCGCCCCACAUGGCGGCACUGUGGGGACCGGGGGGCGGCUGCCCCAGGGCGGGGAACCCGUGCUGGCGUUCGACGCGGGGCGGUUCCGCCAGGAAGUGGGGCAGCACCGUGCUGGGCUGGGCCCUCGCCCCGAGCACCGGGUGAUGUUGGCAGUGGGGCAGGAGCUGGGCCCCAGCGAUGGACCCCACAACCGAGACCUCAUCCUGCAGCUUGAACAAGCCUUCGCCCAGCAGCUCCAGGAUGGGAACCUGGGGACCCCCUGUCCCCUGCUCCCCUGACAGAAUCCUAGAACUG